UUGUCGCUAAGCUAGUAGUCAGAGUCGGUCACAAGUUACUGUUACACAGCUGUUUUGUUUGCUAGCCGAGGGGUUAGCUUCGCUAACAGCAAACUGAAAGAUUGACUUAAAGAACAGUUUUGUGUCCAGAUGAAACCUGCAGUGGACGAGAUGUUUCCUGAAGGAGCGGGACCGUAUGUGGAUUUAGACGAGGCAGGGGGCAGCAGCGGCUUGCUGAUGGAUCUGGCAGCCAACGAGAAAGCAGUGCACUCUGAUUUUUUUAACGACUUUGAGGAUCUCUUCGACGACGAUGACCUGCAGUGAUCGCAGCAUCCGAACACUCGUGGGAUUCUCUGAAUGUGUACAUAUAAUAAAUAAUGAACACGG